AUGGUUGUUCUCGAUUCGUAUCACAUGAUGGUAGUUUCUCAGUACUUUCAUUCUUUUCUUGACUUCGUUCAUAUCGAGUUGGUAUGCAAGAAGUUUUACAAGACAAUGUCAAAAUUCCAUUAUAAUCCAAUUCCACUCAACCCAAAGACUUUGCACCAUUUCCCAAAGAUCGAGACUUUAUAUGUUUACACAAUAAAAGAUUAUACAUUUGGCAACGAUUUAUAUCCAUUAGACACUACCUACCCACUUCAAAAGUCGACAACAAAGCCAAAACUCUUUUACAAAGUUAUGUUUACCUUCCCCAUCACGUUCAAACAAACAAAAAAAUCACUUCAGCCAAAUUACAAUUUCAAACACGUCGUUUUCACUCAAGAGGAUGCACGCAGCUUUCAUGGAAACUUCCCAACGUGUGUGAACGAACUUGACACCCGUUGUUUUAGUCGAGUCUACAUCGACACAAAGUCAAUUGAAGUUCCACAGAGAGUCACCAAAGUCGGGUCCUUGUGUUUUUAUGACAGUGUGUUUGAGAGUGUUCUUUUACCCAACUUUCUUGUUUCACUCGGGUCGGAAUGUUUUUCACAAUGUAAACAAUUGACAAAUGUAAAACUUCCACAGACGAUCGAGAAAAUACCAACAGAGACGUUUUCAAAUUGCUUUUUACUCAAAGAGAUUACCAUCCCACAAAAGGUAACAUCCAUUGGAAACAAGGCAUUUAGGGGGUGUGAGAUACUCAGUCAAAUCAUUUUACCAAACAACCUGAGUGAAAUUAUGAACUCUGCCUUUGAAGGGUGUAAUUCACUUGUUUCAGUCGUUAUACCAAAAAGUGUUGUUCUAAUACAGGGGUGUGCUUUUAAAAAAUGUCGAUUUUUAGAGAAAUUUGAGUUUGAAGAUGGCGUUUGUGGAAUAACAGAAAUAAGUGAUUCACUCUUUGAAGGGUGUGAGAUGUUUAAAAGCUUUACAAUUGGAGAGAGUGUUACUAGAGUGGGUUACUCUUCAUUCAAAAAUUGUUUUAACUUAAGGGAAGUCGUCAUUGGGAAAAGUGUCCAAAUCAUUUCGAGAUGUGCGUUUGAAGGAUGUUCUAAAAUUGCACAAAUUGCCGUUCCAAAAAGCGUGUUGGAAAUUGGUGAGAGAUCAUUUGCUAAAUGUUCUGCUUUAUCAAGUAUCUUAUUUGAUGGGAAGAAAUACUCGAAAUUUGACUUUGAAACAAUGUUUAAUAUUAUUCAAACCAAAAAUACAACACAUAUCCUAGACAACUUAUUCAUUUAA